CCCAUGGCUUCAAUCCUUCCGUCAUGCCUCUUUCUUCUCAUGUCCAUCAUUCUUUUCUCCUCCUCCGCUCACUCCUCCCCUCAGAAUAUCCAAACUUGUUACCCUUUUCCUCUGCCACUCCAUUUCCCAACCGUCACUGAUACUACAGACAAUCUCUCCAUCUCCGGGAGAAGGCCGCCGCCGCCACCACCACCACCACAUCCACCACUUCAAGAACCGAAGAGGAUGGCGAAACCAAAGCGGAAGCUCAAGAAAGGCACCAUUAUAGCGGUGGCGGUUUCUACUGUGGCGGCUACCCUUCUGCUUUCUCUGGGUCUCCUGUUUUACAUUCGAAGACGCAUUCUUGCAAAACUCAAGGAACAUCGAGUAGAAUCUCAAGAAUUUACAAGAUUCGAUGGAAACCUUAAUGGGUUGAUUGUUGAAGAAGAUGGUCUUGAUGUGAUGUAUUGGAAGAAGGACAAUGAAGAAGAUGAAGAGAUGGGUUUUGCAAGAGAUGGAUCAAUCGUCCCUGAGAUUGUGCAAGAAACUCCUCUGCUCCAUGGAAUUUCUUCAAUGGAAGCUCCUGAUCACUCUCUGUCUAGUUCACGAGUAUUGCCAUUGCCGCCUCCUCCUCCAUCAAUGCCCCUGCCGCCUCCUCCAUCAAUCCCCCCGCCGCCCCCACCAACUGUAGUUGCCAAGACAGGGCCAUCCAAAGAUCAGGCUAGACUGAAGCCAUUACAUUGGGAUAAGAUCAAUACCAAUGUAGAUCAUUCUAUGGUGUGGGACAAGAUUGAGGACGGUUCUUUCAGCUUUAAUGGCAACCGUAUGGAAGAUCUCUUUGGGUAUGUAGCCACAGACAAGAAACUGCCAAUAGAGCAGAGUGGCCUCAACCAUGGCGGACCAAAGCUAAUCUCAAUUCUUGAUUCUCACAGGGCAAGAAACAUUGCGAUAAUUCUUAAAUCUCUGAACAUAACUCGGCAAGAACUUCUCGAUGCUCUCACGGAGGGAUNAGUAGAAAACCCUUUGUUUAAAAAAUAA